UCGGAAAGCUUUAGCCGGCGUAUAGCCGAGAGUUUGCUUGUUCAACCGAUGGAUCAGGAGAAGGGGGAUGACUCCGAUUUACUACAGAAUGAUGAGAAGCUUCACUGGAAGAGUUACUAUAAGAACCUGCUUCUUUUAGCAUAUCAAAGUUUUGGUGUGGUAUAUGGUGAUUUAGCUACUUGUCCUCUGUAUGUCUAUAAAAGCACUUUUACUGGGAGACUCCAUAAUUUUCAAGAUGAGGAGACAAUUUUUGGUGCAUUUUCCUUAAUAUUCUGGACUUUCACUUUGAUUCCGUUGCUAAAAUAUGUAUUCAUCGUGUUGAGUGCGGAUGAUAAUGGUGAAGGGGGAACAUUUGCUCUAUAUUCUCUUCUUUGCAGGCAUGCAAAGUUCAGUCUUUUACCUAAUCAACAGGCCGCUGAUGAGGAGUUAUCUACAUAUUAUAGGCCUGGUUAUACAUCCCGGAGUACUGCUCUAUCUCCAUUGAAAAGGUUUCUCGAGAAACAUAAAAAGACACGGACUGCUUUACUACUAGUAGUCCUCUUUGGCGCUUGUAUGGUUAUAGGUGACGGCGUUCUCACGCCGGCGAUUUCUGUUCUAUCAUCAAUAUCUGGGCUGCAAGUUCGUGCUGCAGGGUUAAGUAAUGCUGUGGUGGUGUUGAUAUCUUGCAUUGUUCUAGUUGGUCUCUUUGCUCUGCAACACCGUGGUACUCAUAGGGUGGCCUUCUUGUUCGCUCCAGUCGUUAUUAUUUGGCUUUUAUGCAUUGGCCUCGUUGGUCUGUAUAACAUUAUCCACUGGAAUCCCAGAAUAUAUCGAGCUCUUUCACCUAUCUACAUCAUCAAAUUCUUCAAGGUAACUGGGAAGGAAGGCUGGCUUUCUCUGGGAGGAAUAUUGCUUUGUAUUACAGGUAGUGAAGCUAUGUUUGCCGAUCUUGGCCACUUCACUGCUGCUUCUAUUAAAGUUGCGUUUGUCACCGUUAUAUAUCCAUGCUUGGUACUACAAUACAUGGGACAGGCAGCAUAUCUUACUAAAAAUGCUUCAUCGGUUCCCACAAGCUUCUAUGCAUCCAUCCCCAACUCUGUGUUUUGGCCGGUUUUUUUGGUGGCCACUCUAGCUUCCAUAGUUGCUAGCCAGGCCGUUAUCUCUGCAACUUUUUCGAUCGUGAAGCAAUGCCUUGCCUUGGGCUGUUUUCCUCGUGUUAAGGUCGUCCAUACAUCAAGGUGGAUAUAUGGCCAAAUAUAUAUACCUGAAAUUAAUUGGAUACUUAUGGUGCUAUGUCUUGCUGUCACAAUUGGUUUCCGCGAUACCACUUUGAUUGGCAAUGCAUAUGGCAUUGCAUGCAUAGCCGUAAUGUUUGUCACAACGUGGUUAAUGGCGUUGAUCAUCAUCUUUGUUUGGCAGAAAAACAUCUUUUUCGCUCUCCUGUUUCUAACUUUCUUUGGAAUCAUUGAAUUGUUAUACCUCUCGUCCUCAAUCAUCAAAGUCCCACAGGGAGGCUGGGCACCAUUGGUGCUCUCCACUGUCUUCAUGGCCAUCAUGUACGUAUGGCACUAUGGAACUCGGCGCAAGUAUAUUUUCGACAUGCAGAACAAAGUUUCCAUGAAAUGGAUCCUCACUCUCGGCCCGAGUCUUGGAAUAGUUCGCGUCCCUGGAAUCGGCCUCAUCUAUACAGAACUGGUGACCGGAGUUCCGGCCAUCUUCUCCCAUUUCGUCACUAACCUACCCGCUUUUCAUCAGGUUCUCGUCUUCGUUUGCGUCAAAUCUGUUCCACUCCCAUAUGUUCCUCCCGAUGAACGAUACCUAAUCGGUCGGAUCGGUCCCAGAGCCUACAGAAUGUACAGAUGUAUCGUAAGAUACGGCUACAAAGACAUCCAAAAAGAUGAUUACAAUUUCGAGGAUCAUUUAGUUUUGAGCAUCGCCGAGUUUAUUCAAAUGGAAGCCGAGGAAUCGAGAGGUUCGGUCAGCUCUGAUGGAUCUCCCGAGGGAAGAAUGGCGGUUAUUAGUACUUCUGAGAGGCGUUCCGGUUUAGUGGUGAGGGACGCCGAUGACGGAGCUCCGGGUGUAUCUGUUUCAGGUAGAAGCAGCAAGUCAGAAACUCUGCAAAGUUUGCAGUCAUUAUACGAGCAUGAAUCUCCAAAUCUAACACGUAGAAAACGAGUUCGAUUCGAACUGCCUCAGUCGCCGCAAGUGGAUCCUCAGAUGAGAGACGAGCUGGCUGCUCUCCUGGAGGCGAAGGAGGCCGGAGUUGCUUAUGUGUUAGGCCACUCUUACAUAAAGGCCCGGAAGAAUUCGUCUUUUAUGAAGAAGUUUGUUAUUGAUGUGGCCUACUCUUUUCUUAGGAAGAACUGCAGGGGCCCUUCUGUGGCUUUGAAUAUCCCUCAUAUUAGUCUCAUUGAGGUGGGAAUGAUUUACUAUGUCUGAUGGGGAUCCUCCAUUAAUGAGGUAUGUAUAAUGCUGCUUUUUCAUUAAAGAAUGUUGGGCAGUUGGAGAUUUGCUUCUUAAUUUCUGUAGCUGUAUAUCUAUUUAGGCUUUGAUGUCUAUAUGGCAUUUUACUUUGUAGUUAGUUAAAAUUUUAUGUUUGGACUUCUGGAAUUAAGUUUUGCAGCUUGUUUGGCGCUUGAUGUUUUCCUUGCUAC